AUGCCCCUAUAAAUGCAAUACAAACAAUGUUCUAAAACUUUAAAAUGUUUUAAAGCAAAUGCUUCUAAGGCGAUUUUAACUUUAGCUGGAGGAGAGGGGAUUCCAUAUGAUGUGUCUUUAAAGUGACACUAACCACAGCCAGCAUGUCUCUCCUGGCCUCAGCACUUGCACCAGCGAGGUCUUCUCUAGUCAACCACGAGGUUUAGUCUCUUGUUCAAAUGCUACCUGGGCAGAGGGCUUCCCUAGCCACCUCACAUUAAAGAACUACGCUGCCAAGCUACUCGACCCCAGCACUGCUAAGCUUUCUUUCCCUCCAUAGCAACUUUCAUCUGCCUGGUUCUAUUAUUGUCUUCUCCCAUUAGGAUGUAAUCCCCAUUAAAAAACUCUGCAAUGGCCUUUCACGGUCAAUAGUCUCUGAUGUAAAACUAACCCGUAAAGGUCAGGUGAGUAAUGAAUGAAUGUGACUUUUCAAAGCUUUGAGAAUUUCUAAGUAAUUCUCUUAUGCACUAAUAGCAUUCUCUAUAAAUAUUUGUUGACAUAUGUUAAUGUGCAUAGUUGGGCUGAAUAUACAUACAUACAUACAUACAUACAUACAUACAUGAUUUAAGUCCUAUCUUUGCCUCUUCCCUAUCUGGCUGGGAUGUUUCUUGGAGCUCCAUCUUGUGAACCUGACAGCCUAUAGCCUUUAUCCAUGAGUAAAGAGAAACAAAACAACAACAACAACAACAACAACAAAAAACAAUAGAUUCCAUAUAAAACAAACUGGCUUACCCUAUUUACUGUCCAACAGCACAAUACCACCAGCGGGGGAUGUUUUAAGAAAAGUCUAGCUUGACUGUGAUUCUAGUGGUACAAGCCAAGGGAACACAUUUGGUGACGGACUUGCAGGCAGAGAGUCCCAAGUGACCAAAUGGUACCCCUUAGCAGAAACUGGGAGUGGGUGCCCUCUGUUGUCCUAUAGAGCCACUAAGUUUUAAUUAUGAGAACUCCACGCCGAUGGUCUCAUUCAUCUUACUUACCCCUGAACGGCCCCACAUAUAAACAGAAGUAGGGUUAUGUUUCUGUUCUUACAUAUCCACAGGAGCAAGUAAAUUUCGGUACUGGAGCUUUGAGGAUACCCUCAAACCAGAGAGUCUCUGAGCAUUGUCUCCGUUAGUGAUAUACACAUGGCAUAAAACCAAGCACAACUAACUAUGAAGACUAGUUUUCAAACAAGUGUGAUCAAUGGCACACUUCAUUUCCUCAGGCCAAUGCCCAAAGAAACAGAAAGUCUCAAGGUCUGACACAAACACAUUCCCAGAAAGUUAACAAAUCUAGAGAUGCUAACCCAUUUCCAUGCUGAAACUGAAGCGCUUAAUGCGAACCAUGAGGGCACUGAACACCUCCUCAUUCUUUUUGUCUAUAUGGGUUUUUCUUUUAUUAACUUUACUUGGAAAACUGUUCCAACUGUAUUAUCCACCAAAGUGAAAAGUGACCAACAAAUCAGGGUUAAAUAUACACACACAAACACAGAUCCUAAGACUGCUGUGGGGGUCUUAUUGACUUAAAUAAGGCAAGGUGGGAGAUUUGCUUUGUGAAAGUGUUGGCUAACAAAGAAUUUCUAAGCUGAUGAAAUUUUUGAGAAUUUACCCUUAUACAUAUAACCAUGACUCCUCCAAAUCAAGUAUUUUAAGUCUCACUUCCAGAAUAAGAAUGAAUUAUAAUUGUGCAAAAUAGAACUCAACCUUUUAACUUCAAAUAAAUUAGUUCAUUUUUAUUAAUAAGGUUCAGUUCAGAAAAUUAACUUGCCCGUGGUCAUCAGGUUGUUAAAAGUCAAGGGGGGCUCUAGACACAAGCCUUAAACUGUAUGUUCUACUGCCUUCUCAGCGCAGGCACCUAGCAAACAAGUUAUAGUCACUCAGAACAAACUGCAGUCGCAUCUUCCCCAGUGCUAAACUCUCCCUCCUGCAAUGCUCAAACCGGUCCAUACCAUAAGCCAAGCCAGGAGUUCCCAUCAUCCCCUAGCAUCAAUGUCUCCCGCCAAAAACCUCACCACCUUCACAGCUGUCCCUAGGAAGAAAUCACUAAAGCUCCCCAAAGUCUCGCGAGAGUACAGCCGUUGCCCUGGCAACAAGCGGCCUGCUCUCUCAGCGACCGCUGAAUUUCGAUGGCAUUUGCUCUGACCCUGUCGUCGCCCGGUGCCUGGGGGACAUCCUAAAGUAUUCUCCCGGCAGGGGUGGGACGACCGGCGGACUUGAAGAGGCCCAGGGAACGAGGCGGGCGGCGGACGCGCCGCUUAGGCAGCGGGGAGCGGGGGAAAUGCGGCCCUCGGCGCGGGACGGCGCGGGGCCCGCGUGAGUGAGGAGGCUCCGCGCGGGUCCCGCCCCGAGAGAAGGCCUGGCGCGGCCGCACGCCCCCCGCUCGCCGCUUCGGGCGCGGACCGGCGUCCGCGGGCUUCCGGCGCCUAGCGCCUGCACGCCUCGUCCGCGCACGUAAGGAGCUGCCGCCGGGCGUCCCGGCGGGUUGUCGUAAUUUCGAGCCGUCAUCCGGGGCUGAAGCUUCGGUCUCCGCCCCGAGAUGUCACCUAGAAACCGCUCUCUCGACUGCAGUUGGCGUUUAUGAUGAAGCUUCGCGAGGCCUUCCGCGCCGUCCGCGCCCCCGAACGCGCUCGUCUGUAGACGUCAACCGGGGGCUGAGAAGGUGUUUGUCGGCGGUGGUCAAAAGGCUCGCUUUUAGAGAGAACCAAACACCAGUAGUUGUGAAAUUGGUAAAUUCUUUUGGUGUCCUCCAAAGUGUAAAAGCUUGGCAAGGAUGAUUUCAUUGCAAAUAAGAAAAGAGGAAACGUAUACCUAAAACUGUAUUAUCCCCAAAGGCACAAUCACUGGCAUGUGUAGCAGGAGGAAAAUGUCAUUUUAGUAAAAUGCCAAUUUCAGGCUUGCCUAGAAGCAACAGUGGUCAUCUCCAGCCGGACCUUCUGGUAGCUAUUCCAAUACAAAUGGUGUCAUUGGCUUUAAAAGUUAAAUAUACAGUAAUGAUCACGGUUAAAGAGAAACUUAAGUUAUACACACUGAAGCUCGGGUCAACUGAAAGUUCAAGAGAAAGGGGAAAGUUUUUACACUAUUGCUACAUUUUAUUGUCUGAAUAAUUAUAACUUUUCUUGUGUACUUUUUAAUGCGUGAAGACAAUCCCCAUUUACUAUUGCAGUGUAGUGUUUAGUUAUGAAUAUAAAAUGUAAAUGGCCUGGCUAUAUACUGUGGAAGUUUUUCAACUAAAUUAUUUACGUGAUUUGUCUCUCUUGUUUCAACAGAUUUUUUAAGUUUUAUUUUUGUUCAUAAAACAUACUGACAGGUUAUAAAUAUAUCCCCCUUCAUCUCUUCUAAAAUUCACACCCCCAUUCCAUAUCCACUCAUCAUCUUAAAUUUUUUAUUUAAUUAAAAUAUAAUUACAUCAUUUAUCCCCCUUCCAACCCUCUCAGAUACAUAUCCUCUUUUGCUAUUUAUUAUCAUUGUGUGUUUAAAUAAAUAUAUAAAUGCAACUUGCAGAAGCCUAUUGAAUAUUGCUUAUGUGUAUAUUCUUUGUAGGACUGAACAUCUGGUAUUGGAUAUCUGUUUAGGAAGCUUGCUUUGUAGUAACGGAUAGUUUUGUAAAAUCUUUGAAUUUGAAAUUAAUUUCCUGUAUCCUUACUAGUUUAGUUUUCAGAGAUCUGUCACUCUUAAUUAAAUACAAUUGGACAGGUUUUGUAGUAUUCAUUUAAUACAGAACCUGCACACCUUUGCUUAAAAGAAAAGCUGUUAAAAAUCUCCUUAGACAUUUUACAGCCUACUCACAUAAUUAAAGACAUUCCGAGGAAGACACUAGAAGAGAUGUCAGAAGAUUCAGAGGAGGAAGACUACUCAGAUAGAAGCAUCAGUGAUGACGAUGACUUGGAUGAGGAUUCCUUCAUGAAAUUUGUAAGUGAUGAUAUUCAUCCGUGCACACUACUGGCAGCUGAUUCUAUUGGUGACCCAUUCUUCCCUCGGACUACACAAAUUUUAUUGGAGUAUCAGCUAGGAAGAUGGGUACCACGCCUUCGCGGACCACGAGAUUUAUAUGGUGUCUCUUCUUCUGGUCCACUGAGCCCAACACGGUGGCCAUACCACUGUGAGGUCAUUGAUGAAAAAGUCCAGCAUAUUGAAUGGACUCCCUUUGUCCCUGAGCCAGUGUAUGUCCCGACAGGCCUGGAAAUAGAGCCUGUUUACCCAAACUCCAAGGAAGAUACUGUGGUUUAUUUAGCUGAAGAUGCUUACAAAGAGCCCUGUUUUGUGUAUUCCCGAGUUGGGGGUAACCGAACAUCCUUGAAACAACCUGUGGAUAACUGUGACAACACGCUGGUGUUUGAAGCAAGGUUUGAGAGUGGUAAUCUACAGAAGGUAGUCAAAGUUGCAGAUCAUGAAUACGAGUUGACUGUGCGCCCAGACCUCUUCACAAAUAAGCACACUCAGUGGUACUAUUUCCAGGUCACUAAUACCCAAGCAGAAAUAGUCUACAGAUUCACUAUUGUCAACUUUACCAAGCCUGCUAGUCUUUACAAUCGGGGUAUGAAGCCAUUGUUCUAUUCUGAAAAAGAGGCCAAAACCCAUAACAUUGGCUGGCAGAGAAUAGGAGAUCAAAUCAAGUAUUAUAAAAAUAACCUUGGGCAAGAUGGGCGCCAUUUUUUUUCUCUUACGUGGACAUUUCAGUUUCCACACAGCCAGGAUACGUGCUACUUUGCUCACUGCUAUCCAUACACUUACUCCAACCUUCAAGAAUACCUGUCUGGCAUCAACAGUGACCCAGUAAGAUCAAAGUUUUGUAAAAUACGUGUCUUGUGUCACACACUUGCCAGGAAUAUGGUGUAUGUCUUGACAAUAACUACUCCCUUGAAGACUAGUGACUCAAAGCGCAAGGCUGUGAUUUUGACUGCAAGGGUCCAUCCAGGAGAGACCAACAGCUCUUGGAUCAUGAAAGGCUUCCUGGAUUAUAUUUUAGGAGACUCAAGUGAUGCACGCUUGCUUCGGGACACUUUCAUCUUCAAGGUGGUACCCAUGCUGAAUCCAGAUGGCGUGAUUGUGGGAAAUUAUCGAUGUUCCUUAGCUGGACGGGAUUUAAACCGUAAUUACACAUCGCUCCUGAAGGAGUCUUUCCCUUCUGUUUGGUAUACAAGGAACAUGAUCAAUAGGUUAAUGGAGAAACGAGAGGUUAUUUUAUAUUGUGAUCUUCAUGGCCAUAGUAGGAAACAGAAUAUUUUCAUGUAUGGUUGUGAUGGUAGCAGCAGAUCUAAAACAAAAGGAUUAUACUUACAGCAACGGAUCUUUCCACUCAUGCUGAGCAAAAAUUGCCCAAAUAUAUUUUCCUUCUCAGCUUGCAAGUUUAACGUUCAGAAAAGCAAAGAGGGGACAGGAAGGGUUGUAAUGUGGAAGAUGGGCAUCAGGAACAGCUUCACGCUGGAGGCCACCUUCUGCGGAUCUACUCUGGGCAAUAAACGAGGCACUCAUUUCGGCACAAAAGAUUUAGAGUCGAUGGGAUAUCAUUUUUGUGAUUCUCUGUUGGACUACUGUGAUCCUGACAGGAGCAAAUAUUAUCAGUGCUUGAAAGAAUUAGAAGAAAUGGAGAAACAUUUGAGCUCCGAAAGAGUCUCUGAUAACACAGAUACUUCUCUAGUAGAAAUUUCUUUGGAUGUAGAGUCUAGUAGUCGAGGCUCUGACAGCUCAGAGUCCAAUGACACUCAGACUUACCUUCUCAAGGUGACCUCUCAGGCAAGAAACAAGAAAAAGUAUCUGAAAACAAAGAGGGAAAGAAAUGCCAUCCUAGCAAACUGCCAGAAUAACAUGCAAGAGGUUUAUGGCAAAGAACAUUUACUCCAAAGACACGAUGAAUCAAAUUCUGAUGGGAAUGAUCCAAGGAUAGAUGCACCAGAUGUUUAUGUGGCUCACUGUUUCAGAAGACCGUUGCCUAACCAAGGCGUGGUGAAAAUUCCUGGACAAAGGUUUUAUCCCGGAAAAACAUGGUCCAGCUCCCAGCGUAUGAUUAAGAGUCUUAACAAAGACCAUAGGACAUGUAUUUUAGAAACUUGUAAGAAUCCAAUCCAGGAAGUUCAGUCCAGAGGAAUCAAUAUACAUGAAAGUUGUUUCAAAAUGGCGAAAUGUCCUAUGAACAAAAGACCUUCACAUUGGAUUGAGAAGACAAGAAUACCAACAGAGUCACAUCACCAGUUGAAAAGCAAAGCAAAAAGAUGCUCGUCUUUCCAAAGCAAGAGGACUGGGACGAAUUGGACAGAUGAUGAGAAACGAAUUUACAGGGAUAAAAGAAUAGCUCAAACUCAGGAAAUAUUAAAGUAUUUACUCCCUAUCGUGGAGUCCUCUCAAAACAGGAAAUCUACUCAAAUGAACAAUCUAAUCAACCCGAUAGCCAACUUGCAACAGCAUCAACUUAUUCCAACUGCUUGCAUAAAUAGAAGAAGAUACAGCAUACCUUGGACACCAACCAGAAAUCUCCCUUUUAAAGCCCAAAGGAAUCUUAUGACAGACACCUCCGAAUGGCUCCAGUCUGUGCCCCUUGGGUCAUUUGAAAGUUUGUUACCUCUCUGCAAUCUUCAGAAGAAGACAAAACAUUUUGAACUCUGGGGCAAAAAGGCUAAGGAUGUGCAGCUUGCCACCAGCCAAUGGGAGGCUGUGCCCUUGAGUUCUAACAUGGAUGCAAGUAUCAUCAGGGGUAACAGUGUUCUGCAGCCUAAAGAAUUCACCAUGAGGAGCUCUAAGCAGAGAAUUCCUUACCUAACCAAAACCAGCAAGAAACCCAGUGAGAGUGAUGGCCUGCUCACCUUCCAGCUGAAGAUUCACAGGAACAGUUAACUGGGCUGAAAGUGCCUCCAAGAACUCGUAAAAAAAACAAAACAAAAAACAAAAACAACAGCAGCUCCCUCCCAACCUUCCCCCUCCCCCUUCACAUGCAUAGGUGGCUACUAUACUACUGAGUUUUACAAAUCCCAACUUCCUUAGAGGAGACAUCUUUCAGAGGUUUUAAAAUUCCAGAGAAAAUAUAGAAACGUUUAAAACACAAAUAUUUAAUUUGUAUCCACAUGGGAAAGAGCUCAAAACUUUUGAUUCCUUCUAAAAGUAUGUAUGCAUAUAAAGCCCCAAAAUGCAGACUUGAAGAAAGGAAAGACAUGCACUAGUGAUGAUUUUACUUAUUAGUCACUUUGAUGAGCCAGCAGCCACCAUCAUUUCCUGUAUUUCUUUUAUAUAUUUGGUGUAAUAGAAAGCGCAGGAGAAAAAAAAAGAUUUCUCCCCCUAAAAGAUCAUCAUAUAAUUGUUCCUUUGAACACACUCGAUAGCUGGGCAUGAUGGCAUAUACUAGCAAUCCCAGAAGGAUCAGGGACUCAAGACUAGCUUAGGCAACACUUAAAAACAAGAUAAUAAAUCCUAUUACCUGACUAGGAAUACAUAGUACAACACUAAUUUGUGUACCUCUGGGUGAUAAAAUAGCACAUAUUAAAAGACACCACUUGCAUAGACCACAAAAGGUAGAACCAAAUGACAUGGAAAUAUAUUAUGGUUCCAAAGUCAUUUAUCACUUAUAAUUCAAUGUUGUAAACGAUUAGAAGUCCUGAUUCUUCCAGAGCCAGUGAAGGCACACCUUCAGCCAUUUCUUCAAGCAGAUACUUCAGGAACAAACCCUGCACAUUUGUCUUAGGUGGUGAGCACUCAGUCCCAGGGUGCAAGCUACAAUCCCAUCUGCAUAGGAGCCUGACUCAGGAAGAUCACAAGCUCAAUGCUUGCCUGGACUAUAAUGUGAGUUCAAAAGCAGUCUCAGCAAGCUAAUGAAGUUUUGUCACUAACCAAAAGGCUAAACAAAGAGGAGGGAAAUUGAGUUCAAUGACAGAGAACUACAAGCCUAGUGUUGGGGAAGCCCUAGGUCCCACUUCAGUAUCAUGCAAAUAAGACUACAGAAGCUCAAGGAAUGAGUGAGUGUAGGCGCCCAGCUUCUCAGCUCUUCAGGAUUCUCACUAGGAAUUCUCACCCUGGUAACUGACACCAGGGUAAAGUAAAAGCUUUACCCUUAUUCUCAUCAAUCAAGGAAAGCCUAAACCUGGUGGAAAUCUAAAUUGUUAAAUUGACACUUGUUAUAUAAAACUUCAAAUGUAUAAAAGUUUGAGACUACAAACUCUAGAGUUGACUAUGUGAGUAUAAGCAAAGUAACAAUCUGGCUCCUCAGAAGACUGAGGAGUGCAGAGAUAUUCUCUUAAUUAUUUUUCUGUUUUCCUUGCCCUCAAAAUUACUCCCCCAUAUCAAUUUUUCAUAAUAUUUGUAUUAUUUGGGAAUUUUACAUCAUGAACCCCGAGCUCACACCCUUCCAAGUACUCCCAGGUUUGCCCAUGCACCCUUGUGGCCUCCCACCACCACCACCCAAAAAGAAGAAGAAAGAGAAAAGAACAAAAGCAAUAAAACCUAACAAGUCCAAUUUGUGUUGCCCAUAUACUCACUGGGGCAUGAUCAAACUCCCAGUGGCCAGCCCUUUAAAGGAAAUUGAGUCCUUCUCCACCCACACCCACACCAGAACCCAUCAGCUGUGGCGAGCUAUACUCUAGCAUCUGUAUCACAAGUUUUAAUAGUUCUCUUCAGUACUUUUCUGUCUAGGCUGUUACUAUUGGCAGCCAGGGUUAGCUGUUGUUACAGAAGCCUCCUAGGUCUCUCUCUCCGUGAGUCAUCAGUCAUCAACACCAAGGCAAAAGUCGUUUUCUUGCCCAUUACAGUCGGCAGGAGCACAGAACACACACAUCCACAUAAUCUCUAGUGUCCCCAUGUGCCACGGACCUCAUCUCCAGUAGCAGCACAGACCACAGACAUCAACACAGACUUCUGCUGCAGUAGGAACAUGGACCCAGACAUGGUCCUCAGGAGCAGUGCAGACCCAGAUAUCACCACGGCCUCAGAUGGCUGCACAGAGCACUCUGAUCAAUCGAUAUGGCCCCUGGCAGCAGCAUAGCCCACAGACAACCCAUGGCUGCAGGUAUCCUGUUCUAAAUCUCUUAUUGCAUCAUUUACUUUCCGUGGGUGGGGAUGUAUUAUGCUCAUGCACUAUUGGGUCACAUAUGCCAUGGCACACAAGUGGAGAUCAGAGAACAAUUUGUGGGGGUCAGUUCUCCUCCUACCAUGUGGGUGUAGGGAUGGAAUUCAUGUGCUUAGGCUUGGCACCAAGUGCCUACACCCACUGAGCCAUCUAAUAACCCCUCCCCUAGUGUCUUAUUUGCUAUAAAUACCUAACAUGUAGAGGACAAAAAAAAAAAAUAUGUAGGCCGUUUUCACACUCUGCUCUUCACGUUAUAAUUUUAACUUAAAAUGUUUAAGUAUGCAGCGCUUCCAUAGGCCGUUCUGUCUUAUCUUUAUUAUGUAAACCUAGCAGUACAUCUGGAAAGCCUCUGCUUCUCCUUGAAGAUUAAACCCAAACAUUCCCUUCUCUUGAAAACCUCCAUCAGAUCUUCCAGGAAUUUACAGUAACUAGAUUAACCAGCAAAGACUUUAAAUGGUAUAACUAGGCAGUGGGAGAGAGAUGAGUAAGACCUAUUGAGAUGAUCAUAUGGUUUUUGUCUUUAAGUCCAAUUAUAUAGCUUAUUACAUUUACUGCUUUACAUAUUAUUCUUUUUCCUUUCAUUUCUGCUCUGAUUUUUUUUUCCUAUCUGCUGGAUUUGAGUUUGGUUUGUUCCUGUUUUUCCCAAUUCUUGAGAUGCAUUAAGCCAUUGAUUUGUGGUCUUUCUGAUUUUUUAGUGUAGGUUCUUAGAGCUGUAAAUUUUUUUCUCUCUUAGGAUCACUCAUAACGUGUCCCAGGGGUUCUGCAUGGUACAUUUCCAUUUAACUCCAGGAUUGAAAUAAAUAAAAAUUCUUUCUGUA